AUGACAGAGCGGUACACAGUGGACGGCCUGGUGCUCACCCUGCAAGCAGAAAUUAUCCACUUUUGCGCAUCGGCCGUGUUCACACGAACGGCGACGCGAGCCAGGAGUAACAGUGCCCGCGAAAUACAGAACGGUUCGAGGAGUCUUCUCCGCGUUGGUCAUAUCCUAUUUCGAAUUUCGAAUACUGCUCGCAACUGCUAUCGAUGGACCGCGCCAAAUUCGAGGGUGGAGGAGGAACUACGAGAAGGGUCUCCUACUUAUGGCGUUUUCCGAAAAUUGUCGCCAACAUGCGAUGCCGUGCACGCUCCACACAUGGCAUAUGACAGAUUUACCCCGCGCGAUGAAGAUUAAAAGGAUCCACAUGUUUUAAGAUCGCAGCUGGAAGAUUAUCCUUGGAAGAGCUUUUUUCCGAUGGUGGCGAUUACAUAAUUAAUCGAAUAAUAUGCAAAUCUCUUCGUAAUAAUAUCCGCCGAACUAUUAAUCAAAUUCUAGAUUACCGCGCAGUUUCCAUCACGAAAAGAUGAAGAAAAACUCAAUUAAUUGCGUAAUGUUAUGCAUUCGAAAAGCAUAUUAUUAUACAUUCCGAACGAAUGUCAUCAUGCCAUUAAUGAUUUUUUUAAUAAACG